GUUCAAUGUAAGAAUGGCCGCCGGCGAUGCAAAGUCCGAGACGAUUGUCCUUUGGUUCGGAGCCUCCGGAGUGAGCCAAUCAGAAGGGCUCGAAGGGACUCUCCGCGGCCGAUAGAUGCGGAAUCGCGACAAUGAGGGAUAUAAGUAUCAGUGCCUCUUGGACGGCUGCCUAUUGAAGUAGAAUGUCAAUAAUAAUUCAAUCAAACCUCUUCUCGUGACAGAGGACACUUCUCGCCUCGAACUGCAUUGUCUCUUUGCCGCAUACAUUCAUACCAAAACUAUGAACCCAAACCCGUCCAUUGCAAUCAUCGGCGGCGGACCAAGUGGUCUCCUCUUCGCUCGCCUUCUCGAGAUCAACGGGGUUACCGACUACAUCGUGUACGAGCGCGAUGACUCCGCUAUUCCAGGUCCGUGGCAGCAAGGAGGCACACUUGACCUCCGCCCCUCCUCAGGUCAACUGGCGCUCCGCCGCGCCGACUUGUUCGAUCAAUUCAGCAAGUUCGCCCGCUGGGAUGCUUCGUGCUUUCAUAUGCUCUACCCGGACGGGACUACCGCAAUCCGCCAUGACCAGGAAAGGGAUGCUCCCGAGAUCGACCGUCUGCACCUCCGUCAGCUGCUCCUGGAAUCGAUUCCGGCGCACAAGAUUCGAUGGGGUCAUGCUGUGAGGGCCGUCGAAAGGAGAAAAGCCGAUGGCAGCCAAGCUGGUAGUGAAAAUGGUGAUAUAGUCAUUCAUUUCAUGAACGGAACCAUUGCGUCUGGGUUUCGGUUGGUAGUGGGGGCAGACGGGGCUUGGAGUAAAGUGCGCCCUUUGAUAACGGCAGCGAAGCCCGUAUACUCAGGCAAAAUGUUCAUCGAAGGCCGCUUAUCACAUGACAACCCUGGCUACGCCACCGCCAAAGAGCUCGUGGGCCCCGGAAGCAUGCUCGCAGCCGGGCACCACAAGAAGCUGGCCGUGCAGCGAGUCUCAAACGGUACAUAUCGUGUGUACUUCGGGCUGCAAGCCCCCGAAAACUUCUAUCACCACCGCGAGUGCAGCAACGGACCCUCUGGGGACGAAGAUCUCAACAACCGCACUGAGCAACUGCGCAGCCUGCUACUCUUGUCGGACGAAUACUUCGCCACCUGGGGGUUGCAGCUGAGAAAAUUCGUCGAGACCGCGGAGGGGCCCUUCCGUGCCUGGCCGCUGUAUCGGAUGGACCCCGAGAAGCUUUGCUGGAGUGGAAAGACCCCUGGGGUAACGUUGCUGGGGGAUGCAGCGCAUGUCUCGACACCGUUUGUGGGAGAAGGAGUCAAUUGCAGCUUAUAUGAUGCUGUCGUGCUGGCUGAUAGCAUUGUCAAGCAUUGCGGUGACGGUGCGGGAUUCGAUAGUUCGAGUGCAGAAAAGUUGAACCGUGCUCUAGAGGAAUAUGAGGAAGACAUGUUAGCGCGAGGACGAGAUCUGAUUGAGCGCAGCACGGCGAUGGAGAAGAUAUUCUUCUCUGAGGACGCGGUGACAGGAGUUCUCGAGUUCUUCAAGAGUUUCAGUGAGAAGUCUGAGUAGAGACAUGGGUGGAUGUUUAAGGCCUGGUCCUCUUCUCUGGGUGCUUCAAGAGGGAAUGAUUCCAUUAGAUGGGACCAAGGGCCAAGCGAGGUGGCCAGUCGAAGGGGAAUGUAUAGUAUGUGUAUGAUGUGCAAUUGGAUAGUCGAUAGAAAAACCGACCUUCUCUGGAAGACGGGACGCGGAAUCCACGACACUGUCCGUACCUGGCCUGAGCGGUAAGGCGACCAAUAUCAGUACAGAGGGGAUAUCAAUACACCUGGCAGAGGACUCUUCCUUCCCAAGGGGACUUACCAGGUAAACUAAGACACGGCGGAAUCAAAUGCACUAUUCUUCAAUUACUGCUUUCUUGGACACUCG